AUGUCCCAGCAGUGCCUACGAGUUAUUCAUACUAGAUCAGUGCCUACAAGACACACGUCUCUGAGACCGACUAGUCUAUAUGAUCACCCUCAACACACCAAGUCAAUCUCAACCUACCAGGUCACCCUCAACCCACCAGCCUGUAUGAUCACCCUCAACCCACCUGCCUGUAUGAUCACCCUCAACCCACCAGCCUGUAUGAUCACCCACAACCCACCUGCCUGUAUGAUCACCCUCAACCCACCAGCCUGUAUGAUCACCCUCAACACACCAGCUUGUAUGAUCACCCUCAACCCACCUGCCUGUAUGAUCACCCACAACCACCAGGUCACCCUCAACACACCAGCCUGUAUGAUCACCCUCAACACACCAGCUUGUAUGAUCACCCUCAACCCACCUGCCUGUAUGAUCACCCUCAACCACCAGUCUGUAAGAUCACCCUCAACCCACCAGCUUGUAUGA